AUGACGAAAAAGGGAGACCUCGAAGCAAUUGAACGAACGCCUUCGCACUUGCAACAGGGUUCUGCAAAGAACAUUACGAACGAUGCUGUCUUCGGCGAGAUUACAGCUGAUGGCCCCAACUAUCGAAGUUUGGGCUGGAUUGCAACUGCUAUUCUCAUGUCCAAGUCGAUGAUCGGUCUCGGGGUCUUAUCCAUACCAGCUGCUUUUGAUGUAUUAGGAAUCAUCCCCGGCGUUCUCUGCCUCCUUGCCAUUGGUAGUCUCACUUCUAUUUCCGCCUACGUGGUCGGCACCUUCAAGAUGAACCAUAGCGAGGUUUAUGCCAUAGAUGACGUUGGCUACAAACUUUUCGGAGUUGUUGGCCGAGAGUUCUUCGGUGCCGCAUUCAUUGUUUAUUGGACAUUCGUUGUCGGGUCCGGUAUGCUCAGCGUAUCCAUCGCUCUGAACGCAAUAUCGACCCAUGGCGCCUGCACUGCCGUCUUCGUUGUAGUCGCAUUUGCUGCCACAUUCCUCGUCUGUAGUAUUCGCACACUUGGUCGUAUAAGUUUCAUAGCAUGGGCAGGGCUUGCGAGUAUUCUCGCAUCAAUUCUACUCGUUACGAUUGCUGUGGGAGUUCAGGACCGGCCAGCAGCUGCACCAUCAUCUGGGCCAUGGAAGUCGGACUACAAGCUCUUCGGAGGUCCAAAAUUCCUAGACGCGGCAUCCGCGAUCUCAUCUCUCGUCUUUGCUUACGCCGGUACCACAACCUUCUUCGCCAUCGCUGCUGAGAUGCGGGAGCCAAAGCACUAUGCGAAAUCGUUGACAGUCUGUCAAAUUCUUGUCAACAGUACAUAUGUCAGCAUUGGAAUAGUAGUGUACUACUUCUGUGGUUCAUACGUCGCCUCUCCCGCACUGGGCUCGGCCGGUCCACUGCUGAAAAAGGUGGCAUAUGGGAUUGGAAUUCUCGGAGUUUUCGUUUCAGCUGUUCUCUUGUCUCAUGUGACGGCAAAAUAUAUAUUCGUUCGUCUACUUCGCGGCACGAGACACUUGACCUCAAAUUCUCCACAGCAUUGGCUAGUAUGGUUAAGUUGUACCUUUGGCGUCACAGUGGUCGCAUAUAUCAUCGCCAGUGCCAUUCCGGUCUUCAAUAGUCUUGUUUCGCUGAUUGGAGCCUUCUUCGGUACUCUCAUGUCGUUUCAACCUUUUGGGAUGAUGUGGCUAUAUGAUAACUGGAAGACAGACAAGAGUAAACGAAGCAUCAAAUGGUAUCUGAUGUGUACUUGGAGUUUCUUUGUCAUAGUAGCGGGCACCUUCUUGAUGAUUUCUGGAACAUGGGGAUCAGUUCUCACGAUCAUUAGUGACUACUCGGCAACUGGAGGUUCAGCCGCAUGGUCUUGUGCUGAUAACUCGAAUUCCGUGUAGAAACGACUCUGGUAACUCUAACCAGAUGGCAAC